AUGGAUCCCAUAGCGGCUACCCAGCUGGCAGCGGAUGUAGCAGGCAUCUUCUUAAAAACCGUGAACACCGUUAAGGACAUUAUCGAGACGAUGAAGGGCGCCCGAGAGGCCCUCGUCGAGCUACUGAGUCGCUGCGAAAGGACUGCGGACGAGAUCCUGGGGUUUGUUCACAAGAUCGCGGAUGCCUCGAAGCACUCCGAAAUCUGGAUGAAGUUCAGCUGGGUUUUCUACAAGGCCGAUGUCACCGCGUUGGUCGGGAAGCUUGAGGCCCGUGAGAAGGACCUCAACCUUGUCCUAACUUUCAUUGCAGCUCAGUCCAGUGUGGUAACUGAGAAAGAGAUCAGUGCGAUGAAGGGCCGUGCUGAAGAAUGGGCACAAAUCACUGAAACCUUUGGCACGACUCAUUUGAGUCAAGACAGCAAUGAAUUGGUCUUGAAACAUUCUUCCGAGCAAGGGAAAAAGGGACAGGGCUCACACAGAGGAUCGCACAACGAUGGAAAGCAAGUGUCCCCCAAUGUGAUACAAAGCCAACCUUCUUCCGAUUCGACGAAACCAGCACUGUGGCUUGGAAACGUCGUCAAGACAGGCUUGGACCCGGCGUAUCUCAAAGAGAGAGCGCGGUUGUCCGACGCAGCAUAUUGGGGAGAUUGGCAUCAGUUGUUGUCUUCACUGGACACAGGGAGACGCCGCUUUGGCGAGUCGUGGUGUAAUUCUUUUCAUCUGAGAUCAGAAGACGAUUCCCACCGACUGAGCCUAUGGACUCCUUUGCACCAGGCGGCGUAUAUGAAUGCGCCGAAGAAGGUGGUAGAGAAACUUAUUCGACUAGGGGCUUUCAGAACCCUGCCGACUGCAAGAACCAAGGGCGAGUUCCGUUAUCAGGAUCUGACGGCUGUUGAGAUUGCCCGUGAAGUCGGAUACUCAGAUCUUUGGGACAUUCUCACUCCGGUUAUCCGUCAUUUCGUUCCUGCGAGGGUCCUAAUAGAUCUGGAACAAAAGCUCCAUGAACUGAUACACACCGAACUAGCUGGCUUUGCUCUUCCGAAGUACCUUCGUCUUCCUCAGCUGGUGGUGUUGACCGAGCUAGAGAAUCCGGAGAUGUGGUUUCCAAUCCAACCCCAAAGUCAGCACGGAAGAGGAUUCCUGUUUCGUUUGGACGGUCGAGAACUCGUGGUUCUGAGUGUAGGGAGGAGCCCUCCGAUGCCCAAGCAACUCUACCGUGUAUCGGCAACAGGCUGGACAGCGAUACAUGAUGCAGUUGUGUUUCGAAGAUAG